AUGGCUCGCGGGUCCAGCGAACGUGGAGACGAGCGUACUCCCACUUCUGGACCUGCUGCCGUUGCCCCGGCCCAGGAGUCGCCGGCAACGCCUCGGGCCAUGUCCUUAGACCUUUCAAAUCGAAGAUCCCUGGCGUCCAGCGCCGGCUCGUCUUCGCCUCCGCAGGACUCGCUGCCCACUUUCCACAAUUCGCUGGCUUUCUCUCCCAUGUCUCAUGGCGGCUACGGCACCAAGACGGCUACGGGAAACCUGCGGAUAUUCAAUUGCAAACACUGCCAGAGAGCGUUCACUCGAGAAGAGCAUCUCACAAGGCACAUUUUGCUGACCCACAAUAAGCUCAAGCCGUACAUCUGUGGCAUUUGCCUGAGGCCCUUCUCCAGAAGAGACUUGCUUCUACGGCACGCAAAGAACUUGCACCAGGGUUCCGAGGUGGCGGUUCUGCGCAUCAGGAAGAGCUGCAAGAAGAGUCCUGAUGAUGAAGAGGAGAGGAAAGGUUCGUCCAAAGACGGCAGAAUGAAGAUGUCUGUCAACAUGUUGGUAUCGUGA